GAGGGAGUGCGCAAUAAGCAGAUAGCAGGUUAGGAAGUGCAGCCAGCAGUCCCAGUUGAGAAAAUGCUUCCAUUAUCUCUCAGCUGCACAUACAACCCCUGACUGGCCUGCUCAGCAGUGCAACGGAGGAAAUAGCAGCUGCCUUAGCUUACAACAAGCUUUUCGACUCCAGUUUUAUUGCUUGGAAACGGAAAGGGCGUUUUGCAGUGUCUGACCGUUGAGCCCUGCCUGUAACCUAAGGAUUUACUAAGGGAAGCAACAGCAGUAUUUGUGCAUCAGAAGAUUCUACUUCUCUGGGCAACCUCAAAAGUGAUUCUUUUCUAAGCUGUAGUCACCGCAUUCAUUUUCAGGAUUCCCCUUGGAAAUACAAGUGCUUUUAAUACAGAAGAUGAAGUUGCCAUGGAAGCUGCCUGUCUUUCUCAUGCACUGGUACUAUGCUGCAGGUGAGAGCAUGCUGUAUGGACCGGUGUUUACCCAAGAGCCACUAGAUAUAAUCUUCCCAGUAGAAACUGAUGUAAAUCAGGUGAUACUGAACUGUGAAGCAACAGGAAACCCAGCACCACAAUUCAGGUGGAGGCUCAACAGCACUGAUCUAGACAUAAAGUCUGACUAUCGCUACAGUUUAAUUGGAGGCAACCUGCAAAUUAAAAACCCUGAUAAAGACCUUGAUGCUGGAACAUAUCAGUGUGUGGCAACCAAUACAGCUGGAACUGUAAUUAGCAGUGAAGCCAAGCUACAGUUUGCAUAUCUUGAAAACUUUAAAACAAAAUCUAGAAGGACUGUGUCAGUUCGAGAAGGACAAGGUGUUGUGUUGCUUUGUGGCCCUCCACCACAUGCUGGAGAUCUCACAUAUGCUUGGAUUUUCAAUGAAUAUCCAUCAUUUGUACAGCAGGACAGUCGCCGAUUUGUAUCGCAGGAAACAGGACAUUUAUAUAUCGCUAAGGUGGAAGCAUCAGAUGUGGGGAAUUAUACGUGUGUUGUUACAAAUACUGUAAUAAACAGCAGAGUGUUGGGAUCUCCUACUCCACUGGUGUUACGGAAUGAUGGUAUAAUGGGUGAAUACGAACCUAAAAUAGAAGUUCAGUUUCCAGAAACUGUUCCAGCUGCUAAAGGGUCCACUUUGAAGUUGGAGUGCUUUGCCUUAGGAAACCCUGUUCCUGUGAUUAACUGGCGAAGGGCUGAUGGAGUGCCAUUUCCUAGUAAAAUUAAAGUGAAAAAGUCUAACGGACUUCUUGAGAUACCGAAUUUCCAACAAGAAGAUGCAGGAGUGUAUGAAUGUAUUGCAGAGAAUCCGAGGGGGAAAAAUGUGGCAAGAGGACGCCUUACUUACUAUGCACCACCACACUGGGUUCAGAGGAUAAGAGAUAUCCAGGCAGCCAUUGAAGAUAGCCUGUUUUGGGAAUGCAGAGCAAGCGGCAAACCUAAACCUUCAUAUAGAUGGCUGAAGAAUGGAGAACCAGUUGCACUGGAGGAAAGAAUACACAUACAGAAUGGAGCACUUACAAUAACAAGUCUUACCCUGUCGGAUUCAGGAAUGUAUCAGUGUGUUGCAGAAAACAGACAUGGAGUAAUAUAUUCAAGUGGAGAGCUACGGGUGACAGCAUCUGCUCCGGAUUUUUCCAAGACUCCACUGAAGAAACUACUGCAGGUUCAGAUAGGCAGUUUGUUUAUCUAUGAGUGCACACCAAAAGCGUCCCCUAGAGCAUCUUGCUCUUGGAAGAAGGGAAAUGAGAUUCUUCAAGAAAAUGAAAGAGUCACUUUUCUGGAAGACUGCAGUUUAAGAAUUGUUAAUGUGACAAAGUCAGACGGUGGGAUUUACACAUGCAUAGCAAGGAACCAGUUUGGGACAGCAAGCAGCUCAGGCACUUUAGUAGCCACAGAUCCAACACAAAUUACAACAGCUCCCUCUGCAAUGGAUGUCACUGUAGGAGAAAGUAUAGUCCUCCCUUGCCAAGUUUAUCAUGAUCCACAUUUGUCUCCUACUUUUACAUGGUACUUCAAUGGUCAGCUUAUUAAUUUUGAGCAAGAAGGAUCUUACUUUGAAAAAGUAGGAGGGAUUGCAUCAGGAGAUUUAAUGAUUCGAAAUAUUCAGUUAAAACAUGCUGGACAAUAUGUCUGCGUGAUACAAACCAGCGUUGAUAGUGUAUCAGCUGCAGGAGAUGUAAUUGUAAGAGGCCCACCUGGUCCUCCAAGGAGCGUUAGAGUGGAUGAAAUCACAGAAACUACAGCCCAGCUCUCAUGGCAGCCAGGAAGUGAUAACCAUAGUCCAGUAACAAAUUAUGUGGUUCAGGCAAGAACUCCAUUUUCAGUUGGCUGGCAAGCUGUUGCAACAGUCCCUGAGGUAAUUAAUGGAAGGACAUUAACUGCUACAGUUGUGGACUUAAACCCCUGGGUGGAUUAUGAGUUCCGAAUAGUAGCUAGCAACAAGAUUGGAGUUGGUGAGCCUAGUUCUUCAUCGGGAAAAGCAAGAACAGAAGAAGCAGUUCCGGAGACACCCCCAGCUGAAGUUAGUGGUGGUGGUGGUAUAAGACAUGAACUUGUUAUAACAUGGGAACCAGUGCCAGAAGAGCUACAGAAUGGGGAAGGUUUUGGUUAUGUAGUUGCUUUCCGACCACUUGGAACUACAACAUGGAUCCAGACUGUGGUAACAUCACCAGAUGCAUCAAAAUAUGUCUUCAGAAAUGAAAGCAUUCAGCCUUUUUCUCCAUUUGAAGUCAAAGUUGGAGUUUAUAAUAACAAAGGAGAAGGUCCUUUCAGUUCAAUUACUACUGUAAACUCAGCUGAAGAGGAACCAUCUCUCGCUCCUGCUAAUGUUUCAGUAAAAAGUAUAUCUUCUUCAGAAAUUGAGGUGUCUUGGGAUCCUGUUUUACAUAAAAUGAACAGAGGAACCAUUAUUGGAUAUGAGGUAAGAUAUUGGAAAGCUGAUGAAAAGGAAGAUUCAGCAGAUAGAAGAAAAGUAAAAAGAGGAGAGGAGUCUUUAAGGAUUGAAGGACUGAACAGCAGUACAUUGUAUUAUGUAACUGUUGGAGCAUUCAAUACUGCUGGAACGGGGCCAAUUAGUAGUCCUGUCAACACCACCACAAAGAAGCCACCUCCAAGUCAGCCACCUAGAAAUAUUAUAUGUAGUCUAAAUACCUCCGGAGUGUUUCUAACUUGGGAUCAAGUCAAAGCAAUGGAAAAUGAGUCUGAAGUCACUGGUUAUAAAGUUCUGUACAUGGGGAACAGGAACAAUGGAAUGAAUGAAAUGAGUACCAAUUCCACAUCUAUGGAGCUUCCCCUUCCAAGUAGUGAUGGCUACAUAAUUGAAGUCAGAGCAAUCAGUGAGGGUGGAGAAGGCAGUAGCAGUGAGCAGAUAAUCAUCCCCAAAGUUACAAGUAUGGAUGCCAGAGGAUCUUUUGCUUCAGGAUUGGAAAUUUAUUUGCUGUCAACAAUAAUUCCAUUUAUACUUCUUUUUCUUGCUAGUUGAAUUAAGUUCUGUAAAAUUAGAGUAUAGAAAGCAAACUGCAGAAAGAAAUAGAAAACAUUUCUAAACCCUGUUUUCAAAGUUUUAUUGAUGGCAUGCAUUUUUAAAGAACACACUUGCUUCUAAAUGUAUUUUAUCAUGGUGUGCAGGUUUCUGUAUAUUUGCCACGAGGAAAAUAUGUGAACUACUGAAACAUGCUUGAAAGAUUGGAGAUGCCUUAAUAAUACCAAUAAUAUACCAAAGUUGUUUAUGAAAAACAUGCCUAAAGGCAUAACAACUAAAUGAUGUCUAUUUAGAUUUCUGAUUGUUUCUGCAUCAGGCUCAUAUAUCUUAAAUACAUAAAGAAUUUGGCCUUUUAAAAGUUACGACAUCUGCAUUAAACUAAUGGACCUGAAAUUUAAACAUGUCCAAUCAUAAUUUUAACAAUUAUCUUCUUAAUUCAUUUGCAAACAUACAAUGCAUACAGACUGGUAUAUUUGAUUGGUAGUUGUAAUCACUGUUUAUGUGAGACUGUUCCUUACUCUGGAUGCAUCUUGUAGUCCACGUUAUAUCUGUUUUGACAUUAAUCAGAAUCCGCCAUCUUGUUUAAAAAUGAUAACAAGAAGCAUGAGACGAUUUUUAUGACCAGAAAUCUCAUCUAUUUUCUUAAACUGCAGAACAUGCAGUUGCUGUUACAAUUUCUGUUAGAAUGGACAAUAUUAUUUCUUUUAAAAUACUUUCUAAAUUAUUUAACAAAAUGAUGCAGCUGAGUUACAUUUUCUCAGCGAGGUUUAUGUAUGCUACUACAUCCAUUUAGACUUAGACACACUUACUUAUUUAUAAUUAAAUAUAUAUCUCUGUGAGAUAUAUAUUGUAUAACUUAUUUCAUAUUGAAAAGUUGAUCACUGAGUCUUGUAAAUCUUUAGAUGUGAGUGCAUGUGUGCUUGUGCGUAUGAGUGUGUGUGCACAUGUGUCUUAUUAUUAUGUGGAUGUAUGUAGUAUUUUUUAUUAUUCUAAUAAAAUAUUUAUAACAGAAAAAAACUAAUAUGCUUGGGAAGAUGUACUCUGAGGUCUCUUGCAGCAUUGUUACUGGUUAACAAUGUAAAUAGUCUGUAAAACAUUUUUUAAGGAAAUAAAACUUCAGAAAAUCAUAA